ACAUUCAACAAUAUGGGUGAGUGGGGUUUUCACAGGUUUGCUUUCAGCUCUUUCUGCACUUCAACCUGCGGACGAGGGUGAAAGAGUCCAUUGUCACUGGAUUCUUCUUUCUGUGAGUUGAGCGGCGGGAGAGACGGCCAGUCGUUCUCUUGCUGCCGGUAGUGCAGACGCGGAUAACCUGAGAGAGAGUGAGAACCAGAGGCGGAGAGUGGCCGGAAACUGUCGAUAGCCCCAUGGCGGCGUCGAAGGCGGUUUCCAGCAACCUUCCGUGGCGCACAAGGGUUUUCUGUUCACUCGCGGGGACGUUCUUGGACUCUUGCGUGCGGAAGGACGGUACGGUCAAUCGCCGGCUGUCAGGGUUCCUUGACUGGACCUCCUCCGCAAGCAGCCGCCCGGUGAAGGGCGCCUCCACCGUCGAUUUUACUGUGGACUCUUCCGCCGGCCUCUGGUUUCGCCUCUUCAUCCCUACGGAAGUCCCCGAAGGGAAGAAGCUCCCAGUGAUCGUCUUCUUCCACGGGGGAGGCUUCGCUCUUAUGGCCGCCAACUCGAAAGCAUACGACACCAUCGGCCGCCGAUUGGCCCGUCGCCUCCAAGCCUUCGUCGUCUCCGUGAAUUAUCGUCUGGCGCCGGAGCACCGGUUCCCGACGGCCUACGACGACGGCGAGGCUACUCUACGCUGGAUCUCGACUCCCGGCCGUCUGCCUGAGUCCGCGGAUCUCGGCCGAUGCUUCCUAGUCGGGGACAGCGCGGGCGGGAACAUCGUCCACCACGUCGGCCACCGCGUAGCAGCUGCCUCGUCCGCAGGAGAGGACUUCCGGCCACUGAAGAUCGCAGGGCACGUGCUGAUCCAGCCGUUCUUUGGCGGCGAGGAGCGACUCCCGUCGGAGCUCCGCCUGAGAAAGGCCCCGAUGGUGACGGUCAAGCGGGCGGACUUCAUGUGGCGCGCAUUCCUGCCGGAAGGAGCGAAUCGCGACCAUCCGGCGGCGAACGUCACGGGCCCGAACGCGCCGCCGCUGGCGGAUAUCGGGCUCCCGCCGACCCUCGUGGUCGUCGGAGGGCUCGACACCCUGCAGGACUGGCAGAGGCGGUACUACGAGGCUCUGCGUGAGGCCGGCGUCCAGGCGAGGAUGCUCGACUACCCGGAGGCCAUCCACGGCUUCCACAUCUUCCCCAAGUCGCAGGAAUGCCGGGAGUUCAUGUCCGAGUUGAAGUCCUUCAUGGAAGAGCACGGCCGCGGUCUCUGAAGAUCAGAUCCCGUACGCUCAUCUCUGCCCGUUCCAUUACGAUAAGAACACACUUCGCCGUGCCGUUAAAUUUCAGUUGCCGGCCGUUCAACACUCUGCGUUAUCUGCCAUGGCUGACGGUAUAGGCAGAGGAGAGGAGUGAACCGAAGCCUCUGCUCUUCAACAAGCAUAUUUGGUGGGCAUCUGUGUUAAACGUUUCUCUAUUGUUUGUCAUCUGAUUCUUUUGUUUCAAUUGAAUACGAGGCAUGAAAUAGUCAAACAUGGACAAUUGAUAAUUGGUAUUAUAGAUAUUCACGGUCAUGAGCAUUAGUUUUCUUUAAUGCAUAAAAAUUUUAUUUUCAGACAAGAAAAGUAAAAAGAUCUCUUCCACGAUGGUGAUGAAAAUAUCACAAUCAGAGGUGACAUGAGAAAAGAUAAUGAAGUUUUUAUUUUUAGUAAAACCAUGUCCACAAAUUGCAAUACUUUUGAAAAUAUCGCAGUAUUUAUAAAAAAAAAAAAAACAAGAAAACAGAAAAAGGAAAAACUAUCGUGAAAAAAAAAAUAAAUUGUUUUUAUCGCGAUAAAAACGUGUUUUUUUCGCAUGCACUCAAGCAGGGGCAGUCUAGGUAUGGAGCAAAAAUGUUAAAAGUUUACACUUAUAUUUUUCAAAGUUUUGUUUCGACUUUUUAAUAGAGGAUUUGUUUACUUUAUGCCUAGUUCUAGACUCAAGUUCUGUUUUUUUGUUUUUCAAAUUCUGGUUUAUAGUCAUUGAUUCUCUUGAUUUCUAGAUGUGGGAUGUGAUUUUUCCUUUUGUCUUUUUAAUAUAGGAACAUCUAUUCUUACGCAUACUUAAAUUCAUGUUCUCUUCUUUCUUUCUUUUUUUUUUCAAGUUCUAGUUUAAGCAAUUAAUCUUGAUAAGUUCACAAAAUGGUUUGUGGCUGAUUUGAAAAAAAGGAGAGGGAGAGGAGAGAUAGAGAGAGGCCGGAAACUGCCGAUAGCCCCAUGGCGACGUCGAAGGGGCGGGGGAUUCCGGGAGCCUUCCGUGGCGCACAAGGCUCUUCUCUUCACUCAUGGGGACGAUUACGGACCUCCCGUUGCUUCGGGAGGACGAGACAAUCAAUCGCCGGCUGUUUUGGUUGAUAGAAAGAGAUUUCAACGUUGGGAGACAGAAUAUCGCUUGUACAGUUUUUCUUUUCUGUGAAUGAAUAUCGAAUGUUGUCUUGUCUUGUCUCUCCCACCGUGGAUGUAGGUCAUCAUAGACGGAACCACUUUAAAACUGCAGGGCUUCUUCAAUGCUUUCCUAGACAAGAGCGUUUAUCCUGCUGUUACGGAGUUGAUUCAAGAGGUCCUCUCUGAAACGUCUACUAUGGAGCAGAAUGGUGAAGAUAGGGCCGACGAUGGAUCUCAGACCUUCAUUCAAACGAGCGAUGGAGCUACACAGAAAAUGGUCCUUCAUCAACAAGGUCGCCGUAAUCUGAAAAUCACCAACUCCUUGCUUGACGGAUUCAAUUGCUUGCCUUAGUCAAAAGCCGUCACUCGAUUCUUAAGUGAAAAAUUGAAGCUGAGAUAUAUUGAUGGUAGCAUUAGCAAACCUGCUUUGAAUGACCUAGGUAAACGGAGAUCCACAAAUGACACAACGGCCUCAUGGCUGGUAAACCCCAUCGGGCUGAAAAUCUCUGCUAGCUUUCAAUUUCUUGAAACAGCCGAGGAAAUUUGGACCUCACCCAAGGAAUUCUACAGCCAGCAAUUUGACACAUAUUUCGUUCCUGGUACAUUAUGAUGACUAGUAGGGCCUUCAAUAUGUAAAUCAAAUCUUUUAUUCUCUUUCCAAUUGUUAAACCCAUCAUAUACAAAUGCCUUUGGCCUCAAAAUGUUGCUCUAUGUUUGCUUGGACUAUACUCCAAUCAAUUCUAUACUCAUCAAACCAUUUUGGAUUAAAGUUUCA